UUCAUUAGUGUUGGUCGGUUUAGUAUUUUCCUUCAAAACCUAUUUUAAUGAUAUAGUACCGAAAUAAUAUAUUUAUUCUAUAUUAUCAUUUGUUGGACCUUAAUAUUUAAAAUAGUUUAAGUUAGUGACAACAAACUUAGGCUAUUUAAGCCUACUCUAUAAUGAAGGUAUUGAUUUUACUUUCGGUGCUUUUCGUUGGAGUUUGUGCUGGACCUUGUGGAAAUAAAGUUACAGGAAAAUGUGGUUACGAGUCUUGUCAUCCAGUCAAAGAUGGGUAUCUAAACGUCCAUUUUGUUCCUCAUUCUCACGAUGAUGUCGGUUGGCUGAAAACUGUAGACCAAUACUAUUAUGGAAGCGAGGAUUCUAUACAAACGGCGGCCGUGCAAUUUAUAUUAGACUCAGUUGUUGAAGCUCUGUCAAAAAAUCCAGAUCGAAGAUUUAUUUAUGUGGAAACCGCAUUUUUUUGGAAAUGGUGGGAAAAACAAAACGAAGAAACCCAAGCGACGGUUAAAGAUUUAGUAUCGUCUGGCCGCUUAGAGUUUAUCGGUGGAGCUUGGAGCAUGAACGAUGAGGCAAAUGCUAACUACAUUUCCAUUAUAGACCAAUUCACCUGGGGUUUGAGAAAACUAAACGAUACGUUUGGCGAGUGUGGUAGGCCGCAUAUCGGAUGGCAAAUUGAUCCGUUUGGUCAUACCAGACAAAUGGCUACGAUUUUCUCUCAGCUUGGCUAUGAUGGUCUUUUCUUUGGUCGUCUUGACAAUGAAGAAAAAACACAAAGGCUAGAAAAUAAAACCGCUGAAAUGAUUUGGCAAUCAAGCCCAAAUCUAGGCAGGUCAGCUGAUCUUUUCACACACGUUCUGUACAACCAAUAUAGUGCACCAAAGGGUUAUUGUUUCGACAUCUUAUGUGGCAUGGACCCAAUAGUUGACGAUGAAAUGAGUCCUCAGUACAACGUAGAUUGGAAGGCUAAAGGACUGAUUGAUUUCAUUCAAAACCAAUCUAGACAUUACAAAACCGAUAAUAUCAUAUUGACUAUGGGCGAAGAUUUUCACUACACUGCUGCCGGAAUAAAUUUCUAUAGUAUGGAUAAAAUAAUUAAAUACAUAAAUUCGAAACAAUCGUCCGGAAGUAAAAUUAACGCUAUCUAUUCAACGCCGUCGUGUUACCUAAAAGCUGUAAACGACCGUAAAGAAACGUUUUCUACUAAAAGUGAUGAUUUCUUGCCUUACAAAAGUGACAAACAUUCGUACUGGACCGGAUACUUUACCUCAAGGCCAACACAAAAGUAUUACGAACGAAAGGGUAACAAUAUUCUACAGACGUGUAAGCAACUCGCAGUGCAAAGUAUGGAGGGAUUAAAAUACGAAUCAAAAAUCACACCUCUUCGCGAAGCAAUGGGCGUAAUGCAGCACCACGACGCCAUAACUGGCACGGCUAAACAGCAUGUGGCGAACGAUUAUGCCAGAAUACUAACCGAGGCGAUAUCAAAAUGUGAAGAAGCAUCGUCUGCUGUUUUAUUGGAAAUUAGCGGUUUUAUAAAAUCGAAUUACACAACUUGUCCAUUGAUGAACAUCAGCGCGUGUGCCGUUUCUGAACAAAGUGACCAAUUUGUGGUGACUAUAUACAAUCCACUUAGCAGACCGAUAACUGAAUUUGCACGUCUGCCCAUUUCCGAUAAUGACUCGUACGACGUAAUAGAUCCUCAGAAAAAAAAACUCAUUACACAAAUAGUGCCUAUACCGGAAUCGGUUAUUAACUUACCUGGUAGAAAUUCAUCCGCCACAGCCGAACUCAUAUUUGAAGCCACUGAUUUGCCUCCGCUGGGUUACAAAGCUUUUAUCGUCCGUAAAGACCAUACCAAACAAAAUCAAAAUAGAAUACACACUCAACAGACUCAACCAGAGAUUGAUUCUGUAGACAUAGGUGAUAAGCGUUUCGGUUUAAAAAUCAACACCAAAGAUUCGAGUCGAUAUGAAAUGUAUGUAGACGGUGUAGCAGUUCCAUUACUUCAAAACUUCCUGUACUACAAGAGCAUGGCAGGAGAUAACAGAAAAGCUAUCAAUAGAGCAUCUGGAGCAUAUAUAUUCAGACCGAACGGAACGGCAUUGCCUAUUUGCGACCACAGCAACGAGUCUAAAAUAUUCAAAGGGCCUUUAGUAGAAGAAAUACAUACAACUUGUAAUAAUUGGACGAGUCAAGUAAUUAGAAAGUAUAAAGGAGAAGAUCAUUUCGAAUUUGAAUGGCUCGUUGGACCUAUACCGAACAAUGAUGGAAUUGGAAAAGAAGUUGUAUCCCGAUUUAAAAUUCCACAAUAUCAUAACGACAACACAUUCUAUACGGAUUCAAACGGCCGGGAAAUGUUGAAACGAGUUUUGAACUAUAGAAGUUCGUUCGAUUUAAAAGAAAACGUAGAAAACAUAUCCGGCAAUUAUUAUCCAAUAAAUUCGCAAAUAAUGCUAACAGAUGGUCGAACUCAGUUAGCCGUUCUUAACGAUAGAGCUCAAGGUGGGUCAAGUCUCGACGAUGGGGAACUUGAACUUAUGGUGCACAGGCGAUUGUUUCACGACGAUGCGUUUGGUGUCGAUGAAGCGUUAAAUGAGCGAGCCUUUGGAACGGGAUUAAUAGCGAGAGGCCAACAUUAUUUAACCUUUGGUUCAGUCGAUAAACAAUACGCUGUUCAAAGAUUAUUGGCACAAAGAAAACUUAUCAAACCUCAGUACUUUAUGUCAAUAAAUAAUUCCGACAUCACCUUCAACGAACUUAUUGAUAAUACAGUUAUGCAGUAUUCUGGUAUGCGAAAUCCACUGCCAAAUAAUGUAAAAUUACUCACGUUAGAACCGUGGAAAGAAGGAACUAUACUGCUCAGAUUGGAGCACAUAUUUGAGUUUAACGAAGACAAAAAUUUAUCGAAAUCAGUUGUUGUAAAUAUUCAGGAUGUAUUUCUGAAUUUCCAUAUUAUAUCGCUUAAAGAAACUACUUUGGGAGCCAAUCAGUGGCUUUCGGAAAAUAUUAGACUCUCUUGGAAAUCUGAUGAUAAAUCGACGCCAAGCAGUGACCAGAUUGAUAAAAACACUUUUACAGAAAUCGAUCCCAAACACAUUUUAUUAACUCCAAUGCAAAUAAGAACAUUUGUGGCUGAAAUAAUAGCAACGCCUUAACACUAAUGCCGCUGUUAAAAUAAAUAAUAUUUAUAAUCAUAUUAUUGUUUUAUAUCAAAUGAAUUAAACACAUUAUUCUAGCUUAGUCUCUAUAAAAUAACGCUGUUUUUUCUUACAAUAUACUGUUU